AUGUUCCCCUGGCUUCUUGUGGUAGCGCUCCACCUUGUGGCGGCGUUCCUGCCACCACCGCCCCGGGACUACGACGCCCGGGACUACUUCAUCGUCGAGCUCGACACCGCGACGCUGAGCCAGCCGCUCGUGGCGUUCAAACAGGACCACCCCCGAUAUCGCUACGAACUGCAGUUGUGGGACGACCAUUACGUGUUCAGCGUGGCCAAACUGGCCCACAAACGCGAUCUCUUCGGCAACUUGAACACCGAGGGCCGCCAGAUGGCCCGAGACUACCCCGAGGCCUCGGCGCUUAGGGCCAACCCCCACUUAAAACUGGUCGAGCUUAUCGAGGAACUGCACAUUGAGAAACGGGUGCCGGUGCCCAUCGACGCCGACUAUUUUACUAAGAGAGUGAUCACGAUCACCGACCUGCUGCAGGAGCCCAUCCGCCAGGCGCUGGAGCAGUUUGGCAUCGACGACCCCAUUUUCGUCGAGCAGUGGCACUUGAUCAACAGCCGCUACCCCGGUAACGAUGUUAACGUCACCGGUGUGUGGGCUCAGGGUAACGCGGGGCAGAACAUCAAUGUCGCCGUCGUCGACGACGGUGUCGAUGGCCGCCUCCCUGAUCUCGCCGAUAACUUCAACAUGAAGGGGCUGUGGGACUACAACAACCCUGGGAACACUCCCUGGCCACGGUUAAGUGACGACUACCACGGCACUCGGUGCGCCGGUGAAAUUGCUGCCGUGAGAAACGACGUGUGUGGCGUCGGUGUCGCCUUCAACGGCACGGUACUGGGGAUCCGCAUCCUUCUGGGACGUAUUUCCAGUGACACCGAGGCCCAGGCGAUGAUGUUUGGCUCCGACGUCAACGACAUCUACCUGUGUCUGUGGGGUCCCACCGACGACGGUCGUACUUUGGCUGCCCCGCCUCCCAUUGUCAAAAAGGCGAUGAUCAACACCAUUCAAAAUGGUCGUGGCGGCAAGGGUUCCGUCUAUGUUUUCGCUCUGGGUAACGGGGCGUUGAGCGGCGACUCUUGCAACUUCGACGGCUACACCAACUCCAUCUACUCGAUCACCGUGGGGGCCAUCGACUUCCAAAACAACCACCCGUAUUACGCCGAAGCCUGUACGGCAGUGAUGUGCGUUACCUACUCCUCGGGUGGUCCCGAACACAUCCACACCACCGACAUCGACGGCAAGUGCUCGGCCAAACACGGGGGCACGCUGGCGGCGGCACCGCUUGCUGCCGGUAUAUUUGCAUUGGCUCUUUCCGCCAACCCCGAGUUGACCUGGCGGGAUAUGCAGUACUGUGUGCUUCACCUGGCCGUUCCCAUUAACGAAGACAACGGCGCGUACCAGGUCACCGGCAGUGGUCGUAAGUUCUCCUCCAAAUACGGGUUUGGCAAAAUCGACGCCUACCUGUUGGUGGAGACGGCAAAGACGUGGAAGAAUGUCAACCCGCAAACGUGGUUGUACACCGACUUGAUCGAGGUCAACCAAAAGAUCACGCAAACACCGAAAAAGUUUGGCCAACCGGCGCCACCUCAAGAGUUGAUCCGCCUGAAAGUGACGGUGACUAAAGAUGACCUCAAAGCGAUGAACAUGAAGCGCGUGGAACACGUGACGGUGGUUGUCAACAUCAACAGUAACCGCCGUGGUGCCACCGGUGUGCGUUUGAUCAGUCCGCAAGGCGUGGUGUCGACGCUCGCGACAUUCCGUGGCGGCGAUUCCAAGAACCAGGGCUUUGUCAGAUGGACGUUCAUGCUGGUGGCUCACUGGGGUGAGCCCGGCGAUGGGGACUGGAUUCUCGAAGUGUACGGUGACGACGGCCGCAGUCAGGAUAUUGAGAUUGAGCUUGUCGGCUGGCAAUUGCGGUUGUGGGGUGAAAGCGAAGAUGCCAGCAAGGCUGAGAAGUACGACUUGGACAAGGACUACGCUGCCGUGCGGCGUCAACGGUUAGAAUCGGGCCAAGAAAACCCCCUGGAGGUGCCUUCGGAAACGGUUCAUGAUACCCCUCACACCACCGACAAGCCUAACAUCAAUAAGCCCACUGCUGACCCGGAACAAGACAAACCUGAAGAAGAAAAGCCCGAGGAUAAGCCCGAGGAUAAGCCCGAGGAUAAGCCCGAGGAUAAGCCUGAAGACAAGCCGGAGGACAAGCCAGAAGACAAGCCUGAGGAAGACAAGCCCGAGGAUGAACCUGAAGAUAAACCCGAAGAUAAACCCGAAGAAGAUAAACCUGAGGACAAGCCUGAGGAAGGUAAGCCUGAGGAGAAACCCGAGGAUGACGAACCGGGUGAUGGUGCUAACAAAGGGUCCAACAAGCAGCUGGUGGUAGACCACACCGGCAUGUAUUUCAUUGCGCUCGCUGUGGCUGGGUUCAUUGUGGUGAUUGCAUUCAUGAAGUUCUCCAAACUGCCGAUGCGGGGUCGCAAACGCCGGAGACGCGACGACUACGAGUUUGAUGUCGUCCCCGGCGAGGACUACACCGACCUGGAGGAUCUGGGGCUGGAUCUGGAGGCGCUGGUGAACUUGCACCGCCACAACUCGCGUGACUUGCGUCGCGACGAGGAACGCUUGUACGACGAGCUCAACGCCGAUUACCUCCCUACAGAUGCCGACACCAUGUUCGAUAUUGGUGACGAGGAGGACGUGGCGCCGUCGGUGCCGCUCAAGGACACUAAACACCAGCGGACAUCGCUGGACUCCCACCACGACUUGUCGUCGCAACCGACGCCCGAGGAGGACGAGGAUGCCACCGAAACAAAUAAGUUGCUUAGUCUGGAUCGUCGGUGA